GAUUUAGUGAUUUCCUUAAAAAGAGUAGUUAUUUCUUGGCUGCAUAAGAAUUUAUGGACGUUUACCGCUGUAAUGAUGGCGGGUUUUUGUAGUUGUAUUGUAUAAGCAGUGUAAACAACGUGUGUAAAAAAAUGCUGUCAACUGUUUUAAAGUCUGUAUUUGGUUAUGAUGAUUUUAAAAGUGAUAUUCAAAAACAAGCAACAACUGCUAUUUACAAAGGUAAACAAGAUGUAUUUGUUUGUAUGCCAACUGGAUCUGGUAAAUCACUUUGUUUUCAACUACCAGCUAUAAUGAAAGAAAAUAAAGUUACAAUUGUUUUUUCACCAUUAUUAGCUUUAAUGAAGAAUCAAAUAGACUAUUUAGUUAGUAUAAAGAUAAAUGCAAGAUCACUGAAUUCACACACAUCUACUAAAGAAAGAAAUGCAAUAAUGAAAGAUCUAUUGUCUGAUUCGCCAAAAAUUAAAUUAUUAUAUGUUACUCCAGAAAUGGGGGUACAACAACAUUUUCAGGAUAUGAUAAUUAAAUUGAAAAAAAUAAAAACGUUAUCUUAUUUUGUAAUUGAUGAAGCACAUUGUUUAAGUCAGUGGGGUCAUGAUUUUAGACCCAGUUAUAGACAGUUAGGAAUAUUUAAGAAAUUAUGUCCUAAUAUUCCUAUAGUUGCAUUAACAGCCACUGCAGCCAAGGAGGUAAAAGAUGAUAUCAUGCAAUCUUUAAACAUGAAAAAUCCUUUGAUAUUCUCAGUACCUGUGUUUAGGCCUAAUCUUUAUUAUGAUGUGUGGUUUAUAGAAAUAUUAGAUAAGCCUUUUGAGCACUUGAAAAGUUUUAUAAUAGAAACUCUUGGUUCUCAAAGUGAAUCUAUUGCAAAAGUACAAAAAAAUUGUGGCAUUAUUUAUUGUAGGAAAAAGGAAACAUGUGAAAUAAUUGCAAAUAAAUUAUCUAAAUCUGGUAUAUCUACUCUAGCGUAUCAUGCAGGUUUAAAAAAUCAAGAACGUAAUGAAGUUCAAAAUAAAUGGACAUCUGGUGAAGUACCUGUUAUUGCAGCAACAUGUAGUUUUGGAAUGGGUGUAGAUAAAGGAUCUGUUAGAUUUGUAAUACAUUGGACAGUUCCUCAAAAUAUAGCAGCAUACUAUCAAGAAUCUGGUAGAGCAGGUAGAGAUGGCAAACCGGCGUUUUGUAGAAUUUAUUUUAGUAAUGAAGAAUACAAGCCGAUUGCGUUCCUUAUCAAAGAAGAAAUUACACAGAAAAAUUCUGAGCUUGUAAAAUUAAGAUGGAACAAUUUUGAGAAAGCUGUUUCAUAUUGCCUUGAAGCAAAAUGUAGACAUGCAGUAUUUUCUAAAUACUUUGGGGAUGGGCCGCCACCAUGUAAAGAUAGGUGUGAUGUGUGCAAGAACAAAGAUGCUGUUCAAGCAAUGAUAUCACAGUUCGAAAUGUCUCAAACUAGAUUACAAAAAUCGAAUAGUAAUUUAGAUGGCAUUGCAUUAUCAAAGUAUGAUAAUCUUGAAGAUGAAUAUAAAGAAGAAUCAGGUACAAGAGAAAGACUCAUCGCUGAAAGUAAACGGGAAGCUAAAGAGUUAAUUGAAAAACAGUUUGCUAUACGGAGAACUAAUAGUAAACUGGAUGAGAUAAAAAAACAAAAUCGCGAAGAUGCUAAACAGUCCCAUGUACGUGCAGCUGAAAGUACUGAUAUAAAAAUAAAAGGCUUAGCUGUUCAAGUACGAGAACAUUUUUAUGUUCAGUUAAGAUCAGCAUUAAUAGAUAAUUACGAAAAAAUGAUUUCCGAUAUAAAAGGACAAUCUCAAGAGAAACAUUUGCACAGUAUAGCACAAGAUCUUGAGUACAGGGUGUUGUGCAAUACUAAAGUUGCAAAUAAAUAUAAAUUUGAUAUGUCUAAAUUGAUUUCUUCAGUGCGAAAAUGUACUAGUACUAAUACGCUUCAUGAAUGUUUACGGGAUUUUAAUGUAAGUUCAAAUAAUGUCACUACCUAUAAAAGUAAACAGGAAGUAAGCAAUGAUAGUUUAGAACAUGAUACAGAGAGCGAAAGUGUGAUAAAUAAGUUUGAUGAUAAAGAUAUUCGUAUUUCUUUUCAAGAAUCAAGUAUAAGUAAAGAUAUUCCAUGUUCUACUUUUAAAACUGCUUUAGAACUUCGAAAUGAUAGAAAUUUAAUAGCAGGCACAUCUAAUGAUAGUAGAAACUAUUUGUUCGAUGCAAGUAUUUUGAAAGAUGAUAGUAAAGAUGUGAACGCGAUAGGAAGGAAAAAUAAAGACCGUAACUCUCCUGUUAAAGUAGAUAUUAAAAACAGUGAAGAAGAUAAAACAAUUGAACUUCAACAAUUAAGUGGAUUUACGUGCGCUCGAAAACUUCAUGAAGAGAAUAACAUAUUAUCGAAAAAUUACAGCAAAAAAUCACGGAAAUCUUUGGCAAAGUCUGUAAAAAAUGAUUCGGAAAAGAAAAAAGCGUCCCCUACGAAAAAAUCAAUUUAUGAAAAAAUUUUGCAAGCUGCAAGUGCAAAUUUAAAAAAAACAGUUGAAAACACAACUAAUUCAUCAAUUCCAGAAGCCAGUAACAACAUUGAUAGUACAAGUUUAAAUAAGGAUGAAAUAAAAUUAAAUAGUCAAACUAGAAAUAAACGUAAAAAUAUAAAUUCAUUUAAAAGUAGUAUAGAUGUCGAAUCUAAUAAAAAAUUAAAACUCAAUGAACCGCAGGUGCAGGUACUUGCAGGUGAUACUGAAAGAAUAAGUGAUCAUAAUAAUGGAGUUAAUGCAAAUGAAACUUCUACUAAUGAAACGAUAGAAAUUGAAGACAGAAAGGAUGAUAUUAAAGAUGUUCAGUGUCAAGAAGAACUUUCAAUGAUAAAAACCGUGGAAGAAGAAAUAUUAAGAGAGCAUAAAAAUUUACAAAGAAAACAAGAUAAAACCCAUCGAUCAAAACAACAGAAGGGUGAAGAUAAAAAAGUACUUGUACCAGCAGAUAAAGCUACACAAUUUAAGACUGCAGAAAUUUUAAAAGCUCAUUUAAUGAAAUAUUAUCCAUCCAAACGUAUUCCCGAUAGAACAACAUUUUCAAAAACUUGUAGAGAAAUGCACCAUAAGCUACUCGCUAAAAAAAUAUUCGAUAAAGAAGGAAUACGACAAUUUGUCAUAAAAUAUAUGGCACAGAAUUAAUUCCUUUAUAAAAAAUGUUUACUAUAUAACAGUAAUUAAAAGAUUUAAAAAUUAUUAUGUAUA